GGGUAUGUUGGUUAGCUAGGGAGGGGCAGGGGUCCCUGGUUCCUCUUGGCAUGAGGCAGCGGUGGGGCGCAGGACCUGUUUCUCUCUUGAAACAAGAGCAGGUUCAGGUGUGCCUGCUGUGGGAGGGGGUUGGGACUCUGGCCUCGCCUGAGAAUUCUAACGUUGGUACUUCUGGGGUCAGCUGCUGGAAGUCCAUCCAGGUUCUGGGCUUGCCAGGGUUUGGCCAGCACCCAGGCCUUGAAGCCCCAAGCCCUGUGGACACAUGGCAUUAGAGAAGGGCCUUGGAAGGGAGCUGAAGGGGGCAGGGAGCUGAAGGAGUGUGUUUUUUCCUUCUGGGUAAGAGAAUUAAUUGCUCUUAGUUGAAAGGCAGGAAAUACCUGCACAGUCUCCCCUCCAUGCCAGAUCCGCAGGUCAAGGUCAUGUGUGCCCACAUUUGUACAGAGCCUGACUUUGACGUCCAUGCAUACGACAUACCUGGAUCUCUGACACACACACACACCAGUGCCUAAGUGCUUUGCUCCUCUCCUACCAUCUAUACCCCAGGAAUUUCCCUCCCACCAAACUGAAGCCAGUUGUUCAGUCUGCCUGUCACCCACCACCUGCCUUCCCAAUUUACUGGAGAAAAGCUGGUGCUUUGUGGUAGAGAGGGGUGCCCUGGGUGAAGGAGGCCCUAAGACUGGCCCCCAGCCUAGCUAAGACCUUGAUCUGAGGGAGCUCCCCUCCACCUGCAGGCCUAGGACAGGGCAGGUGCAAGCUGCAGGGGAAAAGAGUCAGAAGUGUCUCUUCCGGCAGCAGGAAGUGGUAACCACCUAUGGGGAAAUGGGGCUUGUUCCCCAUAUGUGGCUGAGCAGAAAGGGAACCAUGGCUGAACCCUGCUCCCUUCCCCCAAGGGGGCCUGGAGGGAACAAAAGGUGCUGAAGUUCCUCCCCCCACCCUCACCCCUCCCCUGGAACUUCCCACCUCAGCUCUCAAGGCUCCUUGGGCCUCUCUCAGGGCUGUGACUUGGCCCCAUCUGAUGUCUGGGGGAAGCAGGCUACCCAGGGGGAGUCCAGGACCUGGAGCAGCUAUGGUAUUAAUGCCCACUGGUAUUGUGCGCCAGUGGCCACGUGUGAAGGGUGCAGUCUGGCAGUGGUGACCAGAGACAGCCUUCUGGAGGUUGGGGGUUGGCAGCCAAGGAUACCAGCUUGCUGGACACCUUGGGGCUCUCACAUCCGCCCUGGCUGCUUCGCUACAGGGCUUUUUGGCACAAGGCAGCCUAGGUGCAGGCCCAUUGGCAAGGGGUGACAAGGCCUGGGGCACACUGGGGCUGGAAGAGGUUCCCUGCAUCCAGGAGCCCCUUGGGGGCAGUGCCGCCCCGCCCCACUGGGAGCAGUGCUGAGGGCGGGGCGGGGUGGAGCUGGCGCAGGGUGCUGGCUGGAGCGACCAAGGUCCUGGCGCCCGGCCUGCUGGCAGCUGCGUGGGAGCAGCAGGUUUCCACGGUACGGCCCUGGCCACCAUGGCUGGGCACGGGAAGCUGCGGCGGGAGCGGGGGCUGCAGGCUGAGUAUGAGACGCAAGUUAAAGAGAUGCGCUGGCAGCUGAGCGAGCAGCUGCGCUGCCUGGAGCUGCAGGGCGAGCUGCGGCGGGAGCUGCUGCAGGAGCUGGUGGAGUUCAUGCGGCGCCGUGCUGAGGUGGAGCUGGAGUACUCCCGGGGCCUGGACAAGCUGGCCGAGCGCUUCUCCAGCCGUGGAGGCCGCCUGGGGGGCAGCAGCCGGGAGCACCAAAGCUUCCGGAAGGAGCCGUCCCUCUUGUCUCCCUUGCACUGCUGGGCUGUGCUGCUGCAGCAGACACGGCAGCAGAGCCGGGAGAGUGCCGCCCUCAGUGAGGUACUGGCUGGGCCCCUGGCCCAGCGCUUGAGCCACAUCGCGGAGGACGUGGGGCGCAUCGUGAGGAAGAGUAAGGAUCUGGAACAACAGCUACAGGAUGAGCUCAUGGAGGUGGUCUCGGAGCUCCAGAUGGCCAAGAAGACAUAUCAGGUGUACCACACAGAGAGCAUGAAUGCUGAGGCCAAGCUCCGUGAAGCCGAGCGACAGGAGGAGAAGCGGGCAGGCCGGAGUAUCCCCACCACCACUGCUGCCACCGUCGAGGCAGGAACCCUGUGCAAGAGCUCCCUCAAGAAGGGAGGGCGGCUGGUGGAGAAGCGUCAGGCCAAGUUCUUGGAGCACAAACUCAAGUGCACAAAGGCUCGCAACGAGUACCUGCUCAGCCUGGCCAGUGUCAACGCCGCUGUCAGCAACUACUAUUUGCAUGAUGUCUUGGACCUCAUGGAUUGCUGUGACACAGGGUUCCACUUGGCCCUGGGGCAGGUGCUCCGGAGCUACACAGCCGCUGAGAGCCGCACCCAGACCUCCCAGAGGCAGGGCCUGAGCAGCCUGGAGGAAGCUCUGGAGGCCCUGGAUCCCCCAGGGGACAAGGCCAAGGUGCUCGAGGUGCAUGCCACUGCCUUCUGUCCUCCACUGCGUUUUGACUACCAGCCCCAUGAAGGAGAUGAGGUGGCUGAGAUCCGGGUUGAGAUGGAACUGCGGGAUGAGAUUGUGCCCAGAGCCCAGAAUAUCCAGAGCUGCUUGGACCGGCAGACCAUAGAGACAGAGGAGGUGAAUAAGACGCUGAAGGCAACGCUGCAGGCCCUGCUGGAGGUGGUGGCAUCAGAUGACAGGGAUGUGCUUGACUCCUUCCAAACCAGCCCCUCCACUGAGUCCCUCAAGUCCACCAGCUCAGAUCCAGGCACCCGGCAGGCAAGCCGGAGACGGGGCCAGCAGCAGGAGACAGAGACCUUCUACAUCACGAAGCUCCAGGAGUACCUGAGUGGGCGGAGCAUCCUUGCCAAGCUGCAGGCCAAGCACAAGAUGCUACAGGAGGCCAUCCAACGAGGACCCAGUACACACAGAGAAAACUCCAGAAGAGCCGCCACCCUCGCCCCAACUCCCAGUAUAACCAGAGACUCUUUGGGGGAGACAUGGAGAAGUUUAUCCAGAGCUCAGGCCAGCCUGUGCCCCUGGUGGUGGAGAGCUGCAUCCGCUUCAUUAAUCUCAACGGUAAGCAAGGCCCAGCCCUCCUGCUGCCCUGGCCACCUGGCCAGGGGAGGGGCCCACAGCCCACCAGCUCCUUGUCCUUCCACAGGCCUGCAGCACGAAGGCAUCUUCCGGGUGUCGGGUGCCCAGCUCCAGGUCUCAAAAAUCCGCGACGCCUUUGAGAGGGGGGAGGACCCACUGGUGGAAGGCUGCACUGCCCAUGACCUGGACUCAGUGGCUGGGGUACUAAAGCUCUACUUCCGAAGCCUGGAGCCCCCACUCUUCCCCCCAGACCUGUUUGGGGAGCUGCUGGCUUCUUCAGAGCUGGAGGCUGCGGCAGAGCGGGUGGAGCGCAUGAGCAGCCUGCUGGCCCAGCUCCCUGCGGCGGUGCUGGUGGUGCUGCGCUACCUCUUCACCUUCCUCGGCCACCUGGCCCAGUACAGCGACGAGAACAUGAUGGAUCCCUACAACCUGGCCGUGUGCUUUGGGCCGACACUGCUGCCUGUGCCUGCGGGGCAGGACCCAGUGGCCCUGCAGGGCCGGGUGAACCAGCUGGUGCAGACGCUCAUUGUGCAGCCCGCCCAGGUUUUUCCACCCAUCACAGUGCUGCCGGGCCCUGUGUAUGAGAAGUGCAUGGCACCACCUUCUACCAGCUGCCUGGGGGACACCCAGAUGGAGAGCCUGGCCAGGGAUAAUGAGCCAGAGCUGGAAGCCGAGAGCACAGCACGGGAGGAUGAUCUGGAGGGGGUCGUGGAGGCUGUGGCCUGCUUUGCGUACACUGGCCGCACAGCCCAGGAGCUGACGUUCCCUCGUGGGGAUGUGCUGCAGCUGCAUGAGCGCGCCUUGAGUGACUGGUGGCGAGGGGAACACGCCGGUGCACAGGGACUCAUUCCCCACAAGUACAUCACGCUGCCCAUGGGGGCAGAGAAGCAGGCAGUGGGCCCAGGAACACAGGCCACAGGGGAGCUGGUGAGCAGUCCAGAGGGUCUCCUGGCCUUGGAGUUCAUGCAUCAGCCAGAGCCGUGUGCCCUACCUAAGACCAUGGGCCCCUCCGGGCAGAGACAGCACUGCUUGGUCCCAGCCUCUCAAGAGCCACACGUGGAGUUGGACAAGGCUGUGGCGCAGAACAUGGAAUCUGUGUUUAAGGAGCUCUUGGGGAAGACUGCUGUCUGUCAGGGCCUUGAGCUGGCAUCUGCCACCUCCCCCAGCCUCGGGUCCCAUAGCCACGUAGGCAGGAACAAGGGCUUCUCCCGUGGCCCUGGGGCCCCAGCCUCACCCUCAGCAUCCCAUGCCCAGGGCCCGGACUCAACCCUGAAGCCACACUGAAGUGCUGCUGGUGGAGCCUCUGUAGGCCUGCCCCUGCGCCUGGUGGCCACCCAGAUGCCAGCCAUUGUCCCUAGCCCUUUGCUUCGCCCUGGCCCUGUCUGGCAAAUAUAGAGGAGGGUAAAGCUGCCCAAACAGGGGGCUCAGCUCCAUGGCCAACCCUGGUAUAGUCCCUUUGGGAGGCAGCCAAGGAAGGAGGCUUUGCUCCGAGGGCUCAGUAGCAGCUAUUGGGUGGCGGGCACCCUCACUCAGGUGAGCAGGCCUGCCAGGACCCAACCUGGCUCCUCCUCAGCUGUCUGGUAGGGGUGGCAAUGAUUCAUAAAGAUCUAUGUCUUGAUUC